AUGGCUGCCUUCCCCUGCAAGACCAUAUUUUUCCUGGUAUCCUCUACUUUGGCACAUAUUGUUUUCUCAGAAUUUUUCAAACCACAUGACAAACAUAAAUGGCCUAAGAUCGAAUGUCAAAUGUAUUACCCUCUGGAUCCUCUUUAUGAGGCACAGUGUCCUAACGUAACAGCUUAUGUUUGUGCUACGAAUGGCCACACUUACCAAAAUGAAUGUUUUCUUUGUAUUGAUCAAUGGGAAUUUGGUAAUCAUAUUAAAUUUGAGAAGUACGGAAAAUGUAAUGGAUAA